AUGCCACAGACCCUCAAGCUGGCGACAAAGGUGUCGCAGCUUAUGCGCGGUGUAAAGCUGGGCUUGAAGGGCAGGGAGAGAACCUCUUCGGGCUUGACGGACCUUCCUGGCCCUUCUACCUUCAGCUUCCUAGCAGAACUUUUCUGCAAAGGCGGGCUGUCGCGUCUACAUGAGCUACAGGUGCAAGAUUCUGCUCGCUUCGGCCCUGUGUGGUUCGCCAGCUUCGGGCCGGUGCAGACAGUAUAUUUGGCAGCUCCUGCCCUGAUUGAGCAGCUGCUCCGACAGGAGGGUCCCCACCCGGAGCGCUGCAGCUUCUCUCCUUGGGUGGAGCACCGGCGACGCUGCCACCAGGCCUGUGGUCUGCUAACAGCGGAAGGAGAAGAAUGGCAGAGGCUCCGCAGCCUCCUGGCUCCGCUUCUGCUCCGGCCCCGAGCCUCCGCUAAGUACGCGGAGGCUCUGGACAGUGUAGUCUGCGACCUGGUGCGCCGGUUACGGAGACAGAAGGGCAGUCUAGGAGGAUCAUCUGACCUCGUUCGAGAUGUGGCUGGAGAAUUCUACAAGUUCGGCCUGGAAGGCAUUGGGGUGGUACUCCUGGGCUCCAGGCUAGGAUGUCUGGAGCCUGAAGUACCCCCAGAAACAGAGAGCUUCAUUCGUGCAGUGGGCUCCGUGUUUGUGUCCACAUUGCUGACCAUGGCAAUGCCAAACUGGCUGAACCGGCUCUUGCCUGGACCCUGGAACCGCCUGUGUCGAGACUGGGACCAGAUGUUUGCCUUCGCCCAGAGGCACAUGGAGCAAAGGGAGGCUGAGGCAACUACAAGGCCCAUAGGCAAGCCUAAAAAUGCCAGUGUAUCUGGACCUCACUUGACCCACUUCCUGUUCCAGAAAGAGCUGCCAUAUGCAUCCAUACUUGGCAACAUUGCUGAGUUACUGCUGGCUGGAGUAGACACAGUCUCCAACACACUUUCCUGGGCUCUGUAUGAACUUGCACAUCACCCAGAAGUUCAGACUGCACUCCAUGCUGAGAUUAUAGGUGCCAUGGCUCCUGGGUCUUCCACCCACCCCCCAGCCACUACCUUGGCCCACCUGCCCCUGCUGAAAGCUGUGGUGAAGGAGGUGCUGAGGCUAUACCCUGUGGUACCUGGAAAUUCCCGUGUACCAGACAAAGAUAUCCAUGUAGGAGGUUACAUCAUCCCCCAAAAUACCCUGGUCACUCUGUGUCACUAUGCAACAUCUCGAGAUCCUGGCCAGUUCCCAGAACCAAAUGCCUUCCACCCAGAAAGAUGGCUGGGGGGACAGCCAGCUCCUCAUCCUUUUGCCUCCCUCCCCUUUGGCUUUGGCAAACGCAGCUGUAUAGGAAAGCGUCUAGCAGAGCUUGAGCUAAACCUGGCUCUGGCCCAGAUCCUGAUCCACUUUGAAGUUAGGCCAGAGCCAGGUGCUGGGAUCGUCAGACCAAUGACUAGAACUGUCCUGGUGCCUGAGAGAAGCAUCAACCUGAAGUUUGUUGACCGAUAA